AUGGCUGGUCACGACGAGGACGAUGAAUAUGACGACGAUGAUCUCGAUGCCCUUCCCGACAACGAAUUGGUAGAGCUCGAGAACAAUGCCAUCCAGUUUACGCAGGCGCAAACUCAAGCAGCUCGAGCGAAAGUGCCCGCCCCUUCGUCAGACUACGGAGAUGAAUUCGAUGACCUUGAUAUCGACGAGGAGAUAGUAAUCGAUGAGUCUAGGAGUACGCCCGCCAUUGUCCCAUUUCAUCGUCAUAUUCCGGGGCAAGUCACACAGCAACAACAGUUCCGACAGCAGCGCUACGGAACUAUCAACAAUUCGAAUUCGAUAAGCCAACUUACAAAUCGAUCAAGGCCUACCCCGCCUCAAUUCAAUGAGACAAUAUAUAACCGCCCAUCAAUUCCUAUUCCCCUCAACGAUUCAGUGGUUGCGCAGCAGGGCAGUCAGGCUUCCGCUACAUCGGACAUCAAAGUAGAAAACUUGCAGAAGCAGCUUGAGGAGGUACUCAAAGAGCGCAAUGCUCUUAACGAGCAACUGAAAGCGAAGGCGGGAGAGAUCUCCAUCGUCCGGAGCAAGCAAGAAACGACUGUCAAAGAGUAUGAGAGACAGCUCACCUCUCUUCGAAAGCAUAAUGAGGAAACAUUGGUAAAACAGCAGCAUGCUCUUGAAUCUGCGCGCAAUGCGGAAAAGCACGCUGUUACAGAACGAGACUUCAUCAGACGGGAUCUUGCUGAAGAGUCGGAGAGGGUACGGCGGCUGAAUAAGGCCAGGGAAGCGGAGAAGAAGGAUGGAGCGGGGACUCUCACAACACCCAAGAAGAAGAAAGCGCUUCCGUAUAGAGAUGGAUUUGACGACGAUGAGAUAGAGAUCAUUUCUCCCUCGAGAAUCUCUCCUCUGAGAUUCCAGAAGCGAAAUCCAGGUUCCCCUUCUAAGCCAGGCAAGCGAAAACGUAAGGCCGUGGAAAGUCCAGCUGGUGCAUUAGAAGUCAUACAGCCUGAAGCACAAGCUAUUGAGACGAGAGCUUCGGCUCUGGAUGAAGAAAUUCUGGCGAAACUCUUUAUUCAAGAUGGCCGGUUUGAUUUUAUUGGGACUAUGUUAGAUCAUAGGAUUGACGCUAAUCACUUACGAACCUUGGAGGAAUUGGGGAAAUACGCCUUCCCCUCAGCACCUAGGGAUUCGUUUCAAUCCCUAAUUUUGGGCGAGAUUCCAAGUCUUGGGCUGAAGAAGUUGUCAAAGGACUUGUCUGUAGAUUUUUGUAUCUUUCUCAUAUCCUUGUGGAAAAAGUGUAUGGCGGAAAAAUAUGUCGAUCCGAUUCAUUAUCUGAUCGAUAUGCUUACUUUUGCCCUGGAACUACAUACUUCAUCUAUUGCGCCUAAUGUUGUUGACCAGCUUCUUCCGCUCAUUCAAGAAACAGUUGAUGCUGUCUCGAUACCUCGAUUUAAAGAUACCAUUGAACUGGAAGCGUACGCCAAAGACAUCGAUACAACUCCAAUUAUGCACCUCCUCUACAUCACUGCCCAGGGAUGUAUGUCUGAACCAGCAGAUAUGAAACGCUUCUGGAAACAAAUUCAAUGGAAAUUUGGCCUCGUCAUGCUUAGCACUAAUCAGCCAGAGGAAGAAUACCUGACAAUGCUUAAGCUAUUGUCGACUAGCGUGACAAAAGAAGGCUUCGCCGCUGUAGUUGGAGGGGAAGAGCAAACACUUCAGGACACAUUAAUCCUAGAACGUCUGAUGUAUCACCUCAAUGGUGUAAUCCUAAUGCCGAACACUAAUGAAAAAAUGUGCCCCAGUCAACGCUACAGGCUACGUCUUCACGUUCUGCAGUUAUUGACAAGUAUGACACGAUCUCCUGUUGUCUGCAAGGCAAUAGUCACGCAUCGUGAUGCUCUCGGUGGUUUUGUCAGCUUCAUUAGCGACCAGCUGGACAAUUUGUACGACUACAAGUCGGACAGUCAAGAAAGUGCACGGUUGAUCAGUCUGGCCAUGCGAUUAUUAUACCAUCUCGUAACAAGAUACGAAGACAUCGACAUGCAAAAAAAGCUUUCCCACAUCCCAGGCGGCUCUCAAAAAUACCUGCUCUGCUUAUCUCGACUACACUUCUCAGAAGACAACUUUGUUCUAGAAGCAGGCAUCGAUCCAGACGUCCCAGCUUGUGCCUUGGAGAUGCUAGAAAUGUUUGUCUCUCCCGAAGAAGGCGAUGCUAUCCAUGAUGCGUUUUCAGCGUCAUGA